UGCGAGCACUGUGGCUGGAACAACACGGAGAUCCAGUCGGCAGGCAGGAUCCAGGAUCAGGGAGUGUGCUACACGUUGACUGUCCGUGGUCUGGAGGACAUGAACAGAGAAGUGGUGAAGACUGAUUCUGCCACCACAAGGAUACCUGAGCUGGACUUUGAAAUUCCAGCUUUCAGCCAGAAGGGAGCUUUGACGACCAUUGAAGGAUUGAUCAACCGUGCCAUCUCUGGCCUGGAGCAGGACCAGCCCACACAAAAGGCGAGUGAAGAAGCCAUCUCCGAAAGAAUUGAUGAGUUCAUUGUCAAACUGAAGGAGCUAAAGCAAGUAGCCUCCCCUUUCACCCUGAUCAUCGAUGAUCCCUCGGGGAAUAGCUUUGUAGAAAACCCACAUGCUCCCCAGAAAGAUGAUUCCCUGGUGAUCACACACUACAGCCAGACCGUGCAGCAGGAUAAGAUGCUAGGGCUCCAGGCUGAAGGACAAGAGGAAAAGCUGGAAGAAGAAGAUCUCAGAAAUGAGGUGCUCCAGUUCAAUACUAACUGCCCGGAGUGCAAUGCCCCAGCUCAGACGAACAUGAAGCUUGUACAAAUCCCCCACUUUAAGGAGGUUAUUAUCAUGGCCACCAUCUGUGAGAACUGUGGUCAUCGGACCAAUGAGGUGAAAUCUGGAGGAGCGGUAGAGCCCUUGGGUACCAAGAUCACACUCCACAUCACAGAUCCUUCUGACAUGGCCAGAGACAUCCUCAAGUCAGAAACAUGCAGUGUGGAAAUCCCAGAGCUGGAGUUUGAGCUAGGAAUGGCUGUCCUCGGAGGCAAGUUUACUACCCUAGAAGGGCUGCUGAAAGAUAUCCGAGAACUGGUGACCAAGAACCCUUUCACACUGGGUGACAGUUCCAGUCCUGGCCAGUCGGAGAAAUUGCAGGAAUUUAGUCAGAAGUUGGACCAGAUCAUCGAGGGUCACAUCAAGGCCCAUUUCAUUAUGAAUGACCCAGCAGGAAACAGUUACUUGCAGAACAUCUACAUACCAGAUGACGACCCAGAGAUGAAGGUGGAGCAUUACAAGCGCACCUUUGACCAGAAUGAGGAGCUGGGGCUUAAUGACAUGAGGACAGAGGGCUAUGAGUCUGGCCUGUCCCCUCUGCGGUAGCGCUGGGCUGCCCAUAGCCAGUUCAUACCAUAGGGCUGUUCAUCACCAUUGGAAUGAAGCUGGGUGUCCUCUCUACCCUUCCCCAUGGUGGGGACACCUGGCUGGUGUCGGAGAUCCAGGAAGUCUUUCUAAAGAGCUUGUGCAAGUACAAGUGUUACUUGACCUUAUUUUGGAGGUUUUGAAUUGGUCUGAGAAGAAACGCAGAAAGGAACCAUGGAGUGUGUCAUCAUCACUUUUCUCCC